AUGCCUCUUUGGAAAGAGAAAGUUCUAAAACCGUUUCGUAGACUCAGUCAGAAAGGUAGUAAGAAUGAUAAAUCAAAGCCAACCACUUCACAUGCUAGCGUCGAGGCGGAUGGAAAGGCAGAAGAGACUAAAAUCUCUCACUCUCAUGCCCGUUCUCGCUCUAACAGCUCGGCAAGUUCUAAUAGCUCGCCCUCAAAAGCACGAAAUAAAUCUUCAAGCAAAGCUGAGUCAAGUCAGAAUGACGUUCAACAUAUUAUCUCUAGGCCAAGAAAGCCUAGUCAGUGGACAACAAUUGUUGGUGGAGCGAAAGAUCCGGUUGCCAAAUGCGGCGUCGUUGUUCAAAAAGAUGUCUUUAAAACUUUACUUGAUCUGACAGAGUACGAUUUCUCUCAAGUGGAUAAACAUGCACGUGGUAUAACCAAGACUACCACAGUACGAGAUCUAUCAAAACGUCUCACAUCUCGCUGGAAGGGCAAGGAAAUAUAUCAAUUGCGAGCCAUAUAUACCUGGAUCACCGAAAAUGUUUCAUAUGACGCCAAUGCUUUCUUCUCGGGAAAACCUAGUAGUCAUAAUGCCGACGAUGUAAUGAAAAAAGGUGUUGCUGUUUGUGAUGGGUAUGCCGAACUGUUUAAAGCGCUCGCCGAGGAGGCAAAAUUGAAUGUAUGGAAGAUCACUGGGCAGGCAAAGGGUGUAGGCUAUAAGCCGGGGGACAACCUAGAUACUUCCCAAGUCGACCAUGCCUGGAUUGGUGUGUGUCUCGACGGUGAAUAUCUGCUCGUUGAUCCAACUUGGGGUGCUGGCACACUGAAUGGCCGAUCGUUCAAUCGUCACUUCGAUCCGUUCUACUUCCUGGCUAGUCCCCAACAGUUUAUAUAUUCUCACUUCCCUGAAGAAGAGAACGAACAAUAUCUUGACCCUCCAAUUACGAGUGACUUAUUUGUUAAACUGCCAUUUGUUAAGCCGGCAUUCUUUACAUCCGGCCUCAUGCUAAUAGAGUACAUUGGAUCAGAAAUAAAGGUUGAAAACGACAAAUUUGAAAUGGAAGUGAUGAGGUGCAUUCCAGAUGAGAGCAAACCAUUGCAUGCAGUAUUGGAGUGGCAAGGAAAGGCAGUAAAUUGUCUGAUUCAGAGGAUCAGUGGGAAAGUUGGGCCAGACGGAGAGACGGUUUAUACCAUUCGCUGUGAGAUGCCCAGCUCGGGAGAGGGAAAUUUGAAUUUAUUCGUAAUGCUCGAAGGGAACAGGGGCCCCAUGGCAGCCAGCUUCAAAGUUGUCAACCAUGGUAAAGGUUCCAGAUCUCCGCCAUAUGCCCAAACUUACUCGGUUCCAUUCACUUUUACCAUCUCCGAACCUAUAUACUCUAAGCUUGCAUACAAUCGUAGAACAAAAUUCGAGCUUACAAUCUUUGACAAGGAUGAAAAUGAGUUACCCGAAUUCGACCUGUUUACUCCUGAUAAGAAAACAAGGAAAUUACAGAAGAUUUCCUGGUGUGUUGCAGACAAGAGUACGACAUAUGCAAUAGAUACUAUACUGGAUAUUAAGGGUGAAUGGAUUUUAGUGUAUACCGAAGGUGGUAAUUCUGUUAACUUUAUUGCUCAAUACGACGUCGAAUAG